UUUAAAAAGUGUGAGUGCACUCUCCUGGAUGUCCUCUGAUCCACUGCCAUCAUGAACCUAAAGCUCCUCUUCUUUUGCCUCUUCUUGGCGGUGCUCCUCGUACCUGCUGAACUGAAACGUAAAAAGCGCAAACACGAUCGUCAUGAUCAUGAUGGUCGGAAACUUGGGCAUAAACACGGCAAAAGGAAAGACAGGUUUGAGGACAUAGUUAGUGAUAAGGUCUUUGAGAUCCUUGAGGGAAAUGGUGACGAUGAUGAUGAUGAAGAUGAUGAUGAUGAAGAUAAAUCAGAAUGGGUCUUUAAACUUCAAGAGCCAGAAGGCCUAUGUGACCCAAACCCUUGCCACAACAAUGGAGUGUGUGAGCAGAAAGGCAAGAGGAGGUUCGAGUGUGAUUGUCCAAGACCAUUCAAGGGAAAGAAAUGCAAGAGAGGUCCCAGACAUUGUAAGAGAGGCCGUUGCGGGCGGGGUGAAUGUGUGCUGACUUCCACUGCACCAUUCUUUGAGUGCAAAUGCAAGGAGCCCUUCCAGCCUCCAAGCUGCAUACACUUGUCAGUGUGUGAGCCCAAUCCAUGUAGGAAUGGUGGACAAUGCAUCAAGGAUGGCAAUGACUUUGACUGCCUGUGCCCUGUGGGGUACGGAGGACGUUUCUGCCAUGUUGGCCCAGAUGACUGCUAUGUGGAUGACGGAGAGUCAUACCGCGGCAAUGUGAGUGAGACAGAUGACAGCCAUGUAUGCCUCCACUGGAACUCUCACUUCAUCCUGGAGAAUGGAGUUGAUCCCUUCAACUCCUUCGAGGACAAAGACGGACUCGGCCCUCACAACUUCUGCAGAAACCCAGACGGAGACGAUAUGCCGUGGUGUUUCUACAGACAAGGCCGCAAGUUGACGUGGGACUACUGUGAUAUCACAGAGUGUCUUACAACAGGUGUGGUGCCAACUGAAAUUGUCCCUACAGACGAUGAUCCCACUGAUCCCACGGCUCACACGGCAAAACCUACAACAGCUAAACCCAUAGUUACCACCAAACCAACAACUUCCAAACCCCCUACGACUAGGGAGCCCUGCCAGACUCCAAAACCUACUCCUACACCCGGCGAAGUUGCUCCCACUGCCACCGCUCCACCGCAGCAGUUCGCCACCUGUGGGCAGGCUCAGCCAAAAAAGCCCAUUACCCGAAUUUUUGGGGGUCUGAAGGUCCCUCCCGGAGCAGUACCCUGGCAGGUAUCCCUGCAAGUGAGACCGAAGAACUCCAAUCAGCAUUUCAGACACACGUGUGGAGGGGUUCUCAUCAAGAGCUGCUGGGUGCUGACGGCUGGACACUGCAUUGAAUCAAUGAAGGACAUGCAGGUGGUUGCGGGAGGUCUGUCCCUGGAUAUAGAGGAAUCCACAGAGCAAACCAUUAAAGUUGAAGAGGCUAUUAGACAUGAGAACUACAGAGAGACUCCUUCAGCUGUUUACAACGACAUAGCCUUGUUGAGGCUGAAAGGCGCUGAUGGAGUUUGUGCCAAUGAGACCCAGUUUGUGAAGAUAGCCUGUCUGCCUGAUGCCCAACUGCCUGAUGGGAUGGAGUGUAAAAUUUCUGGAUGGGGUGUCACUGAGGACUCUGAACUUGGAUCCAACCACCUGCGGGAUGCAAAUGUUCUGCUGAUUGGCCAGGAAAAGUGCUCAGAACCCAAAGUUUAUGGCAGAGUCCUGGAUAAUACCAUGUUCUGUGCUGGCCACCUGCAGGGAGGGGUGGAUUCCUGCCAGGGUGACUCUGGAGGACCACUGACAUGUGACCAGAACAAUUCCGCAGUGAUUUAUGGUCUGGUGAGUUGGGGGGACCAAUGCGGAAGAAAGAACAAGCCUGGGGUCUACACACGGGUCACUAACUUCCUGACUUGGAUCAGGUCAAAGACUCAAGCAGCAUCUCCAUAAGCAACUCUGCAGCAUCAUGCCGGUGGAGCAAGUCUUACUCAUCAUGAUUUAGCUUUUGUACAAUUGUACCUGGUAUUUUGCUUUUCAGGUCUACAACAUAAUUUAAAAACCCAAUGCUACGUAAUACAACCAUUCUAAAAAAGAAGGAGAAAAUGUGCAUCGUUAUUUCAGUUUAAUGUGUUACGUAUGACCCAGAGCAAACCUGAAAUCCUAAAAUCCUACACUAAAAUAAAAAAAGAAUGUGUGUGGAAAUAACAUUAACAUUUAAAUGUGACUGCCAUGAGCCCUUUAAGGGGAAAAGUGUCUGAUCAUCUUAUCAAUCAUUGGGGUGGGAGAUGAAUGUGAGUAAAAUAACUUCAAACACAGAUAUUUCAGCAUUCCUUGGAGAAAUUGUUUUGAGUGUGUCAGUGAUGAAACAACAUGAAUUGUGACGGUAUUGACGGAUAUUUACACUAUGCUGUUGAUUACUGUUUAUGUUCAGUCUUGGGUGUCUCUUAAUACUGUUCUUUGCUUCAUGUCUUCCCUGUGUGUCCUCACCCGGGCCCAAGGGUGGCAGAACUCAUGGCUGCACCCCUGAUCAGGAUCAGGAGAGUCAUAGUGCUGAUUUUUUACCAAUGUAUUAGCUGCCUGUCCUCUGGGUUUUCAUGAAUAUGCCUUUUAAUAAACAAGCACACAAAAUGACUGCUUAAAAUCAAA